AUGUAUGAUUCGAUUGCGCAGCAGGAUAUGGCGGAGAUAGAGCAUACAACUGAUCCUGUUGGAGUGGUAGAUACAGAGGAUGCUAAUCCAGCUGAUCAGGAUUUGGUAGGGAUGUCAGUGUGUUCGGUUGAUGAAGCAUAUGACAUGUAUAAUGAUUAUGCUUUUAGAGUAGGUUUUAGUGUGAGGAGGGGUUGUGGUGCAUUUGUCCAAUUCGAUUUACAUGAGAAUGGAAUGUGGAUUGUUUCGAAGCAUGAGAAGUUGCAUAAUUAUGAAUUGGUUCCACCAAGCAAGAGUUACCUUCUAAGGUCACAUAGGAUGGUGUCUAGGAAUCAUAUAUCCUAUCUUACUGAUUUGAAGAGCAGUGGUGUGUCUGUUGCAGAUGGUGUAAGAUUCCUUAAAACACAAUCAGGGGGAUCACCACUUGUUGGGUUUACAAGUAGGGAUGCAUAUAACUCUCUAUGUACCGAUGCAUUGAACAGAUUGGAUGGCACCGAUUCAAACACAUUGAUUGAAAUAUUCAAAUGGAGGCAUUCGAGUGAAAGGGAUUUUUACUUUGAAUUUGAGGUGGAUUUGGAAUCAAGUUUGUGUAGUUUUUUUUGGAGGGAUGGAUGGAUGAGGAGAGACUAUGAUUUGUUCGGAGACUUGUUAGUUCACGAUACAACAUAUCGUACUAACAAAUAUGACAUGAUUUGUGGACCUUUUGUUGGCAUGAAUAACCAUUGCAUGAAUGUUAUGUUUGGAUGCGGUUUUUUGAUGAAUGAGAUGAUUGAGUCAUUUGUAUGGUUGUUUAAGAAAUUUUUGAGAUCUAUUGAUUACAAAAGUCCACAAGGCAUAAUGACUGAUCAAUGUGCUGCUAUGGCUGCUGCAAUUGUUCAAGUUUUUCCAAGUUCACAACAUCGGCUAUGUAUAUGGCAUAUUGGCGAGAACUCAAAGAAGCACAUUAAAGGGUUAAUAAAUCAAAAAGAUUUCCUAGAUAUAUUCAAUUGCUUGUUGAAGUAUACGGAUACAGAGGCAGAGUUUGAAUUUUACUGGACAAGUGAGACCACCAAUCACUCUAUUUCUAGAAGGUUGUCCAAGACAUCUGGUUUGUGUGAUUUUUAUAACUCAUUUGUUGGGGUCAUAUCAGAGUGGAGAAGUAGAGAGAAUGGGGAAGGUGUUCGUUGUUCACAAGGUGUACCCACAAUGGUGAUGGAUAAUGUUAAGAUUCUAUUGCAUGCUAGGGAAAUUUAUACAAUUGAGAUAUACUAUUUGUUUGAAGAACAAUUUUUGAAAGGUGGAUCACGCUAUCAAGAGUGUGUGAUGUUGGAAGAUGGUGUGUAUAAGUAUCAUGUCUGGAGGCUGGAUGUUGAUAUUAUUAGGCAUGAAGUGAUCUUUAACAGUAGACAAAUGGACAUUGGAUGUAGUUGCAAGUUGUUUACUGAAUUGGGGAUUUUGUGUUGUCAUUGUUUACGCAUUCUAAAUGUGCAUUGUGUUUCUAAAGUCCCCGAGAAGUAUAUUUUGAAGAGGUGGACUAAAAAGGUUGUUGAAGUUGAUAAUGUUGAUACAAUGUCUAGAGUUGACAGUGGUAAUGAUGCAUAUUCUGUUUGGUUAUUAGAAAUUAUUAGGAAAUUUCAGAGGCUUGCUAUUUAUAGUCAGGAAAAUAUCGAAGGACGGAAGAUUUGUGAAGAAGCAAUUGCAGAUGCAAAGAGAAGACUUGAAGCUGAAUUUGGUGGCAGUUUAUUUGAAGAUUGUGACAUAGGAUCGACAAGUGGUGUUAUAAAGGAUCCAUCUACUAGGCGGAUGAAAGGGUUGCGGAAUGGGAGGAUGAGCAGCGUUAUUUCAAAGAAAUAUAACAAAGCAAGGGGACGGAAGCAUCUUGCAAAUAUGGUUGCUUCCAAAAUAAAAUCUGCUGUUCAGUCUCAAGCUGAGGGUGAUAUUUUAAAUAUUGCAGGCGAUGGAUAUCUUGUGCACCCAAGUUCCGGAGGUUCUAGUUUUUGUCACGUUAGCACAAUGUCAAGCAUGGAGGAUAAUUAA